AGCUGCCUGCUCACAGAGACAUUUGCCAGGACACUGACAGAGAAGCAGCCCUGUGAUUCUGAGAUUAUUUCUACAAGAGAAUCCAAUGCACGGAUUAGUUGAAAUAUGCUGGGGCUCCAGAGCAGCUAAGGGGAUAAUAGACAAGCUACCUAAAUUGGAUUGCUUUAUCUUUUCCUUAUGAAGAAGACAAAAACUUGGAUUAUCAUAUGCAUUUAUCUUCAACUGUUUCUCCAUUGCUUUGGGAAUCCAUGUGGAAAUCCAAUCACUGAUGCUGUAAAUGACAUUCAGAAACUGGUAGGAAAUCUCCCUAAUGAUUACAUUAUGAAAUUGAAAUAUGUUCCAAAAAAGGAGAGUCUGCCAAAACACUGUUGGCUUUAUAUGAUGGUCGUUGAAAUGACUCGUCACCUAGAUAACUUAUUAACAAAAUUUGAGAAUACAUCACAGAACUUUUUGAUUAUAAAGAAUCUUUCCCUGAUUCUUCAAGGCAUCAGAAUUUGUAUCCGACAUGAUGAAAUGGACUUUGACUCAGUCUCUUCUUUAUAUCAAGUAGAAGGGUUUAAACCCCGAGAUUUUUUUGGUUAUGUGACUAGUACAAUUGAGGUUUUUAAGGAGAUCAACAACACAGAGUAUGCAGGACCUUGUACCAUGCCUGCAGAAUAUGAUUUUGACUAUGAUAUUGAAGCUUUUCAGACUCCUAGCACAAAUCAUGAUCUACCAUAUAUUCCAAGCACACGAAAGAAUAGUAGCAGAUUUGAUUCCUCUGCCAGGUCUGGAUUCAACACUGGUGCAUCUAUACAGUACAGUACAGUGUUAAUAGCACUGGCCUGCUUAGUCAUUGGAUUUUUAUUAGGAGUUCUGUUCUGGUGGAAGUUUAAGCACAGACAAAACCAGACACAAGAUAGCUUGUCGGCAGUUGCAGUCGAACCAAGCGCUGAAAAUGAAUCACAAUAUAUAUUGCAACAGGCCACAACUGAUGUCGGUGUUAUAUAAUUGGUUUACAAGGCUAAAAUUCUGGUGACAGUGCUAAUCCUUUUGGAAACCACAGGAGCUUAAAGCAAGUUCUUGUUUAAUAUUGGAGCAGCAGACUACUGGGAAUGAUCCUUUAGGAAAUGCUGCAAAAAUUCAUAAAAAACAACAUAAAAAGCAAAAGAGUUUGUACUUCACCGGAUUACUAAUUUAUGCCUGCCAUCAUUUUGUCUUGUCUGCUGUCUCCUAUGGCAUAACAAAAAGUGAUAUGCAAGUCAAGAAGAACAAACAAUUCUCUCAAGUUUUUUCAUACUACUGGAAGAGUUAUGUUGAAAUAAGAGCAAGCAAAUCAUAGGUUCACUGGAUGAUAGGAUGUUUUAUAUUUUGCUUUGGUUUGUUGUUGUUGUCAAGGGUUCCAAAUUACUUCACUUGUUAUGAAGAUCAAGCCACUUUUUAUGUUGGGACUUACACAGGACUAUAAAAAGUCAAUGACAAUCUUGGUACUCCCAAAUGUUAACUCUGCUAGAUGAACACUGUGAAAGGAUGCCACUUGUGAUUCAGUUUUAAGAAUGAAAUUCAGAGACUAUAAAACGAAGAGGCUUCCAUGGCAGAAUCCCAACUCUACAAUAACUUUGGAUUUUUUAGAUAAAGCUCUUCCAAAACUUGCUCCGCAAAGUCAGAACAUACAUGUAUACUUUUUUUAGUUCACAUAUUAAAUAUAUUUUUUUAUAAUGGACACACAUUUCUGUAAAUAAAUGUAAGUAUUAUGAUGCAUAUCAAAUUAAAUUGGUGACUCAAGAAUGGGAUGGGAAGAAAGACAUUCAAUAAGAUAUAUGUGACUAAAAUAUAUGUCACACAUUAGUCUCACUGAAUUUGUAAUGAGAGAAUGCUGAGUGUGUUAGAGCUUGAUGCAUUAACACAAGACCUCAAGGCUAAAUAGAAAUACAAAAGACAUGAUAUAAAAUUUUAGGACUUCACAAUGUGAGGCGGGGAAAAACGUAAAGAAAUAAAAAUCUCCUGUUUCUUGUAUAGUAUCAUACAAUAGCCUGUAUUUAUAUACAACUUUAAAUUAUUUAUUGCAGCCAUUUAUUCUAGCAGAAAUGAUGAUCUUAAAUAAAUGCAUCAAACGAAUCUGACAUCAUAAAAUAUAUAAUUCUCCAACAUAUGCCAGUGGCAAUUUUUGUUAACUAGUGCUUUAUCUGAACCGUCAAUAUUUACUUAUGACAGGCUUAUCUUAAUUGCAAUAGAUAUUUCUAUGUCCUCCUUUUGAAACACACACACAUAUAUGUGCACCAGUGGUAUCUGUACUCCAUUGCUCAGUGGUAUUACAAAAUUACUGAGCACCUGCCUAGUUUCAGAAAUGACUAUGAUAAUCAGGGCCGGCCUUAGGCCUAUUGGCCCAAUAGGGCCCUGCACCUCUGGGGGCCCCGCACUACAGAUAAUAUUUCCCUCAGCUCAUGAUGCUGCCUGGCCUGCCCCAAACUAAUUGGCCCAGUCCACUCUCCUAUUUCCUCCCUAUCUCUCUUACCCUGUGUGCCCCUAUUUCAUCCCUCUCACUCUCUUACCUUGUCUGCCCCUUUCCUUUCUAUUUUGUGCCUGUAUGCCCUUAUUUUCCUAAAUACUUGGUGUGUCAGUAGCCAGCAACACUUUGUCUAGGGGCCCCGCCAACAUGGUCCCAAUUGGGCCCCACAUUUGAUAGGAUCAGCCCUGAUGAUAAUAAUAAUAAUGAUGUUUGGAAUAGACGACUUUGACAGGGUGAUGACACAAGCCAAGUGUGAGUCACCAAAAUGGACCAUAGCCAAAGGCAAGUGAAGGAUUACCAUUUCAUUAUCUUAUGUCAGGGUUUGUUACCUGUCCACAUGAAGGUCUUUAUAGAGAAAAAGCAUUUAUAUUCUGGUAAAUCAUGUUUUCUGUCAAUAUCCUGUAUAUUAUGUAGUCAGCUAAAUCACUUGUUUUGUUACUGAUAUAUAAAGAUAUAUAAAGGGUGUCUUAUCACCCUUUGAUAAAGAUAUAUAGUAUGUAAAGGCUAUAUAUGAGACAUUAUAAUGCAUUGUUUUCUUUGGCUCUAGUCAGAAAUUACUGCAUUUACUCAGUCAGAAUCAUUACUUUUCCCUGUUAUUUUGGGUUUCAUUUAAUAAAUUAUACAUAUAUUUUGACUGAGUAAAUUCAAUAAUUUCUUUCUGGUGAAUGUUAAAACAAAGUCAUCCGCUAAGUCUAACACUCUUAUCUAUCUCAAUCACAGGAACAAAAUAGAGAAAAAAGACCAUUAACAAAAUCAGAUUUUUUUGUUUAAGAUAAAUAAGUAAAGACGCAUCAUUGUUCAUAACUCAUUCACAUAAAUUAUGUACUUGCAUGCUUACUUCUUAAUGGAUCAGUGGUUUCAGCCACAAAUCCCCCUUGUAAAGUCAAUUAAAAGAAUAAUGGAUUUGUA